CGCCGCUGUGUUGUUAUGCCAAAACACUCAGCUGCGGCUUGUCAUACCCAAGUGUGUAUGACAGCCUGUGUGGUGACAUGGUGGUGUCUGUGGCUGACUGUGGCAGGCAUGGAGGUCUGGGGAGGAGGAGAGGAUGGGGAAAGAGGAGGAAGAGAGGAGAGGUCCCUUCAGCAAAUCCCCUUAGGAACCUCAGGAUUUCCCUUACCUGUGGAUAUUGACCCCAUUCCUUCAGGCCCCAGAGAACAGAUCAACCAAGUGACAUCCUUCAUUGAUGGGUCGGUGAUCUACGGGUCCAGCAAGGAGGAGAGUGACGAGCUGCGUGCCUUCUCUGGCGGCCUCCUCAAGGUGCAGCGCGGCCCGGCAAACACCCAGAUCCUCAUGGCCGACACCAACCAGAUUGACUGCAAGACCUCAGGAAGAUUCAAAGCCAGGUCACGCAAGACUCGGGCAGCAGACGGCCAGCUCAAAGACAUCGAGUCAGGUUCCCCAAACAACGUACUGGAUUUGAUGGAGGUUCUGCCUAACACUGACGUCAGCGAUAUCACGGAAAUUCCUAGCGUGUUUGAGCGUGACGACCAGACACUGCCCUGCGACCACACUUUGCGUUUCCGCACAGCUACAGGGUGGUGCAAUAAUCUUAACUUCCCGUCCUUCGGCAAGUCGUUCAGGGCAAAAAGUCGACUCCUACGUCCUUCUUAUGAGGACGGUCUGUCUAAACCUCGCGUCACUUCAGUCACCGGCAAGCCUCUCCCUUCCCCUCGGCUCAUUUCCACCAACAUGCACAACGAAGUGUCUGCACCGCAUGUCCGCUAUACCCUAAUGGUCAUGCAGUGGGGCCAGUUUAUUGACCAUGAUAUUAUUUUCACCCCCAUCAACAAAGGUUUCCAAGACUCGAUUCUGGAUUGCCGCAGAUGUGACUCUCCCCAGACAGUCCACCCUGAGUGUUUCCCCAUAGCCAUUCCUCAGAACGAUCCAUUUUUCCCUCCUGUCAAUAUAUCAUCUGGCCAGCCAUUCUGCAUCCCCCUGACCCGCUCCAUGCCAGGCCAGCUGACUCUAGAUUACGAUGCAUACUGCAACCCAACAGUGCUCAAUGAAUUUGGCAUAGCCUUCCGCUUUGGCCACUCUCUACUCAAGCCUUCCCUGGAGCGCAUGGACGGAAUAUUUGCCAAGCGCAACCCUCCUGUCAAGCUGAGCGAACACUUCUUCAACCCAGACCUACUCUACCAGCCUGGGAUGCUUGAUGAGAUCAUCCGCGGCCUGACUACUGUGUCCAUGGAGACACUGGACCAGUUCUUGACAGAUGAGGUGACCAACCAUCUCUUUGAAGACAAGCGGCAGCCAUUCUCUGGCCUGGACCUGGCUGCCCUCAACAUCCAGUGA